AUGAAGUUAAUGGGGCCAACUACAGAAUUACAAUUUAGCAUCGGAACUGGUGUGGCUUUCAAAAGGGACGGAACUCCUUACACCCAACAGUCCUACAAAGUGAGUGAAUCCUUUCCUUUCAAGUGGAUUAAUAAAAAAUGGAAAGAAGGUUUUCAUGUCACAUCCAUGACUACUGCUGGCAAUCGCUGGGGUGUGGUAAUGUCAAGAAAUGCUGGAUAUUCUGAACAGGUUGUAGAGCUUGAUUUUCUAUACCCAAGUGAAGGAAUACACAGGCGAUGGGAGAGUGGUUACAGGAUAACUUCUAUGGCUGCCACUGCUGAUCAAGCAGCCUUCAUACUGAGUAUACCAAGACGGAAGAUGAUGGAUGAGACUCAAGAGACCCUGCGUACAUCUGCCUUCCCGAGCACCCAUGUAAAGGAAAAAUGGUCAAAAAAUCUUUACAUCGCUUCUAUUUGUUACGGGCGAACUGUUUGUUAA